AAGGGGCUCCGGAACGUCACCAUGGGGACCAGCACGGGCCGGGCGGGCGAUAGGCUGGUGUUUUGCGGGGCGAUGCGAUCUAUGAGUUCCAGCCAAACAUGAGUAUUGCAAGGGAGAACAGAAGAAAAACAGGAGAACAGGAGGAGAAACAGAAUUAUAGAAGAGUGAUGUAUAAAUCUUCUAUUUUGUUAAAGCCCGAAGCCAGAUAUCCUUUUAUUCGCGUGUUCAUACUCUGGUAAAUUAAUUUACACAGAACUGACGGAGAGGGGGUAGAAAGAAAACACUUCUCGUGCUGUCGCUGCCCCUCGGAUAUCCGAUUGUGUAAAGCGUGUGUCGGGUGGCGGUCCGUCCUGUCCCGCAGCUCCGAGCGGAGUGGGAGGGUCACCCUGCGUGAGACUGAUAAGGGCAGCGCUGCAUCCCCUCACCGCGCUCCGGAGACGCUCCGCAACUCCUCGGUACGCAGCAGCACGGGCAUGUCUGUACUGCUGGGGGACGAGCUGGAGUAGAAACUAAAGAUUUGUAGCUGAUUGUUCACAUGUGUCCGGGGGGAGAUGAAGUGCAUUGGAUCCAGCGCAAUUUGGCUUUGCAUGGCAGUUAUCCUGCUCCUCCCUGCUUCUACUGCUGUGGCUGUCAGUGACCAGACAGGUUCUUGGUGUCCUUUAAUGAAAACAGCUAUUCAUCAUCUCAAACAAAUCAACAGAGAUAGUCUUGGUGUUUCAGGGUUUGAUCUCACAGAAAGCUUUUCUUUGCGACAAACGUCUUGUGGAGGGGUAAAAGUCUGCUUUAAACUGGGAAGCGCUCCUCUCAUCAGAGAAACGAAGCAAGUAUUUCCAAAUGGGCUACCUGAAGAAUACUCUCUAGUUGCUACAUUCCGGAUACGACGAAAUACCAAGAAAGAGCGUUGGUAUAUAUGGCAAAUCUUAAAUCGGCACGAUACUCCUGAGAUCUCUGUGCUUCUGGAUGGUUCAAAAAAGGUUGUGGAGUAUAUGACCAAAUCUGCUCAGGGGAAUAUACUACAUUACACUUUUAAGAGUCGAGAAAUUUAUCCAUUGUUCGAUCGGCAGUGGCAUAAACUUGGUAUUAGCGUGCAGUCGGGGAUCAUUUCCCUCUAUUUGGAUUGUAAUUUAAUUGAGAGAAAGCAGACUGAUGAAAAAUUCACCAUUGACUUUCAGGGAAGGACUCUGAUUGCUUCUCGUGCUGCAGAUGAUAAGCCUGUGGAUAUUGAACUUUACCGCAUAACAGUUUAUUGUAAUCCAAAAGUUGCAACAGAAGAUACGUGUUGUGAAAUAUCUGCAGACCUGUGCCCACAUGAGGACAGAUUACUUGCUACUACUUCAUCACCAGAAUCUGUUCAUGCCAGCAAAAUAUACUCUCUUCCUGGAACACAGCAAGAAUCUAGAGACAGAUGCCACUGCUUUCCAACUAAAGGAGAAGCAGGAUUACCAGGAGUUCCUGGUUUGCCAGGCCAGAAAGGGCAUAAAGGUGAAAAGGGUGAAAUGGGUGCAAAAGGACAGGAUGGUGCUGCUGGUCUUCCUGGUGAAAAGGGGGACACUGGCUUAGUGGGUGCUCCUGGCAUACCUGGUCUUACUGGUUCCAAGGGUGAAAAUGGCCUUCCUGGUAGUAAAGGUGAAGAAGGUGAAAAGGGUGAAAAAGGAGAAAAGGGAGAACCAGGACCAGAAGGCAUUCAUGGAAGAGAGGGACUAAAAGGUGACCCUGGUAGUCCUGGUGUGGCUGGUCCUAAAGGAGAAAAGGGGGAAGCAGGACCUCCAGGACCAACUGCCUUAAGAGGUUUGCCAGGGCUGGAGGGUCCCCAAGGUCCACCUGGCAAAGAAGGCCAAAGGGGAAGAAGAGGCAAGCCAGGCCUCCCUGGAAAACCGGGGCCGCCGGGACCUCCCGGUCCUUCUGGACUAGAAGGAAUUCUGGAUUCAUUGAACAAACAUUACAAUGAGAGUGAUACAAGACUAAUAGGAUUACUUGGGACUCCUGGAUCUGAAGGCCAAAAGGGAGAAAUUGGUCAGAAAGGAGAAAUAGGAAUGCCAGGUGCAAAGGGUGAAAAGGGAGAAAAGGGGUACAAGGGAGAUCCAGGAGAAAUUGGAAUGGAGGGAUCUAAAGGAAAUAAGGGUGAAAUGGGAGACCGUGGACCACCUGGUGUCAUUGGAAAUCCAGGAUCUAAGGGACUGCAAGGACCUCCAGGACCUAUAGGACCCAGGGGAGAGCCAGGAGAAGUUGGCUUACCAGGAGAGCAUGGGUUACCAGGAAUGCCCGGAGUUAAAGGAGAAAAGGGUGACCCUGGUGGGAUCAUGGGACCUCCUGGACACCCAGGUCCAAAAGGUGAGGUGGGGCCUCCUGGACCAAGUCUACCUGGAAGACCAGGUUCCACUGGUAUUCCCGGAAACCCAGGUCCACGAGGACCAAAGGGAGAAAGAGGACUGCCUGGUCUACAAGGAGCCCCUGGAGAGAUAGGGCCUCCUGGAAUAGGCAUUCAGGGAUCACCAGGUCCUAUAGGGCCAACUGGAUCUACAGGCAUCCAGGGCCCCAGAGGGCCUCCAGGAUUGCCAGGAACUCCAGGUACCCCCGGUAUUAAUGGCACUCCAGGAAGAGAUGGAAAGCCAGGACUACCCGGCCCUCCAGGCGAUCCAAUUGCACUGCCACUAGUGGGAGACAUGGGUACUAUACUGAAGGGUGAUCCAGGCACAAGAGGUCCUCCAGGCAUCCCUGGUAGGGAGGGGCCAAAGGGAAGCAAAGGUGAACGUGGAUUUCCUGGACUUGCUGGAGAGAAGGGUGAUGAGGGCCUUCAAGGUGUUCCUGGACUGCCUGGUGUACCAGGACCCAGUGGACCGUCUGGAGCCAUGGGAAGACCUGGGCAUCCUGGUCCUGCUGGGUCAAAAGGCGAAAAGGGUAGUGAAGGCUCUCCAGGGAAGCCUGGACCACCUGGACCUCCGGGUGUGCCUUACAAUGAAAGAAAUGGAAUGAGCAGCUUAUAUAAACUCCAGGGAGGUGCAAGUGUCGCAAGUUAUCCAGGUCCACCAGGACCUCCAGGUCCAAAAGGAGAUCCUGGCACAGUGGGCGAUCCAGGACCAAUGGGAUUACCAGGUCUAGAAGGACUCCCAGGAGAAAAGGGUGACCGUGGACCAGCUGGCACACCAGGAGUAGCAGGGAUACCAGGAAAGCCAGGAUCUCCAGGGUCCCCAGGGUUGCCAGGAGAACCUGGUGAAAGAGGACCCAUAGGAGACACAGGCUUCCCUGGGCCAGAAGGACCACAAGGAAAACCAGGAAUCAAUGGAAAAGACGGACUGCCAGGUCCUCCGGGUGCUGUGGGGAGGCCAGGAGACCGAGGGCCCAAAGGAGAACGUGGAGAUCAGGGUAUUCCAGGAGACAAAGGUCCACAAGGUGAAAGAGGGAAGCCUGGCCCAUCGGGAGAAAAGGGGGCCAUGGGGCCUAUUGGGCCACCAGGAGACAGAGGCCAUCCAGGAUCACCAGGUCAUCAAGGUCCUCCAGGUUCACCAGGCCCCCCAGGUUUCCUGACUGAUACUGUCUCACUUGAAGAACUAAAAAAAUAUAUCAAACAAGAGGUUCUUAAGAUUUUUGAAGAAAGGAUGGCUCAGUUUAUGUCCCAGUUGAAGUUGCCUGCUGCAUUGCUUGCCUCUCAAGCUCAUGGGAAACCAGGACCCCCAGGAAAAGACGGCUUACCAGGGCCCCCAGGAAAGGAUGGUUUGCCAGGACCACCUGGGGAACGUGGGAUUCAAGGUUAUAGAGGACAGAAAGGGGAAAGAGGUGAGCCUGGAAUUGGACUGCCUGGUAAUCCUGGACCUCCUGGCCAUGCAGCUACUGGCCUGCCAGGCCCUCCAGGAACUCCAGGGUCACCCGGACCACAGGGGCCACCUGGACCCAAUGGAAGAUGCAAUCCAGCAGAUUGCUAUUACCACGUGUCACAGACCCGGCCACGCACCAGUGGGAAAUAAAACUCUCUCCCAUAGACGCUUGGGUUCACAAUCACUUUUCACUUUUCUUGAUAAGUUAAUUUAAUCUUUGAAAUAGUUGGUGCAUUUUUUGUCCCCAUGACACUACAUGAUCUAUAGAUAAUUUAUAAGGCACAGAAUUGAGCCUUUGUCUCUUCUAUUUGCAGUGUCAUAAUUACGAUAACAUUUAUUUUCCAGAGUGCAUUCCAUGUGUUAUGUUUCUCAUAUUUAUUUUGCUUAGAGAAGAAAAUAGGCCCAAAUAAUUUUUAUCAGCUUCUUUCUUCCAACAAAAAAAAAAGUUUUAUUGUAAGAUAAGACAGAAUGUGUGCCUCAAUGUAUAGGCUGGUUUUAUGUUCCUUACUGGUGGAGAGAAUGCUGUUAUGAAGUUUUAAAGAGUAACCUUCAGUGGUGACUGUAGGAUCUUAGCUGGAGUGCUGGGAACUCUAUUUAACUCAAUGUUACUGAUCUGAGGAGGCUCCAGCACCCACUCUGAACCAGGUUUGGGUCAUGAAUGCUACCUACUGUUUCUGUAGUUUUCUAGAGGUUACAGAAGGAAGCAAAUAUAUUUUUAUGACCUCUCCUCUCCCAUCCAAUUCAGAUUCAUACUGACAGGCAGUACACAAGAUGCGACCUGAAGGAAGGUGAAUGCUAUUCCAUCUGAGAACUUGAGCUCUGGUUUAGUCAUGCUUGCAUAACUCCAGGUGUAAAACUGCUAAGAACUCAUGGUGUUGUCCUUAACUAACAUCUGGCACAUUUUCUGAUGGUGAUAUGAACUUAGCAAGUAUGUUGUCAUUGCCUGCAAUUAAGCUAUUCUGCCAUUAUGUCUGCUUAUAAAAAAAAGAUGUCUGGCUUUAGCAAGAGCACAGUUAUUAGCAGUGAGACAGUGAAAGGAUGAGCCUUCAGAAACCCCUGAUCUUACUAAUGGCAGAAUUUUCCUCUUUCUCUUGCUAUAAGCACAUGCUGAAAUAAUCUUGAGAAGAACUUGAAAACAGUAGAAUACAAAAUUUGCAGUUCCUGGUAACUAGCUGCAAAAAUAACUUGAGUUCAGGAGAGAUUCAGAAAAAUUGGGAAUCUGUCCUUGGACAGGUGUCAUGCGUAGAGCUUGAUUGCAUUCAGCUUGCAAACAUUGGAAGGAUAAAUCCUACAAGACCAGACACUAUUGAAAAAGAACAUAAGAGAAGAAAAUGUGAGUCCUACGGAGCUCAGGGGACUGAAAAAAAGAAAAGUUGGAGAAAACCGAUUUGUACAGAGGCAGAUUCUGAAAAGGAGGGAGAAGAGUUGGAUUAAGUUUCACUCUUGAUGUCUAGGUUUGUCUGUUUCCUAAUUUAGUCCUAAGGAACUGGCUACAGUGUAAUAGAAAUGGAAAGUGCUGUUAAGAGACUCUGGGCAGCUACAGUUCAAGCUCAUGGGACAUAAGCAGCACUGCAGCCUCUUGCGCUGUUGCUAGGGAGGUGGCCGUGCUGGCCCACUGUAGGUCACUGAGUGGUUCUGAUAACCUUCAUGCUGCAGAAGUGCUGAGGGAGCCAACUUCUGCAUCAGCCAUUAGGGAGGCAUUCCCAGACUGGAAGUGAUGGAUUCUGGAGAAGCUCUUCUGAGAAAUUAACAUCUGGUUUCUUUUUGCUUAAAAACGGUAAGAAAUUAAUAGAUACUUAAAAAAAAAAAUUGUAUUGGCAUUUGUUCUGAAUAGAGUUCCUAGCACUAGUUCCUAGGAGAAAGAUGUGUUAUGUUAGAUAGCCUGAGAACAUGGCAAGCCUUCAGGCAUACUUUCUGAGGAGAACUAACCCUAAGAGCGGCCUCUGGGUAUUACUUAGUUUAUUAAUCAGUCAGAUAUUUUGAGGGAAUGACACAAGGGAGAUGUUUAAAUGAUUGGGAAUGGAACACUGACACGUGGUCACCUCGGGCAGGAGAGGUUGGCUAGAAGGAGGGUGCCAGAAAACCUGUGGCAUGUCAUGAAACCAUUCUCUGAAGGGAAUCCGUGAACUGCAGCAUGCCAACAGCUUGGGGCAUGUCUGAGGGGCUCAACAUGUGUGUUGGUGAGCAUGGAGGCAGACGAUUCAAAGCCUUAUGGACAUCCUUCAGCUCUCAGCCUCCUCUUUUGCUCAUCCCUCUGUAGAGGCUGGCCCAGGCCUGCUCUGCAGUUGGUGGGUGCCCAACCCUUGUGGAGACACACAAGAAACGGCUCAUCCCUCUGCUGUGCAGCUCAGCACCCACUGCUUCUCUGUCACAUCUCCUGUGCCUGGAGAGCGUGAUUUGUUUUCUCUUCAGUGUUACAGCUGCUCCAGGGCUGGUCUCCUGUUCUCAGGCCACUGCGGUCAGGCAGUUUGAGAGGCUUCUUGUGUGCACCAACAGCUGCUGGGUCCUGAAAUGGGCCCUGCACACUGCUUUCAGUCCACUCAAAAGAACUGCUGGUCAAGUGUCCUGCAUGAAUACUUCUUUUCAAUUCUCUAGUAAUUCCAAUUUAUGUGAAAUCCAAAUAUUUUUUUACUUUAUGCAUUAAUUAUAAACUUCAUUUUCUGUGACAAUAUCAAAAAGGGUGCUGUCUUUUAGGGAACAUCACAGGACUGAAAGGUCUUUGCGCAGCCCUCUUCCUGGAAUGCUGUACAUAGGCUGCCACGUGCUAUUGGGUUAUGUGUAUAUUUUGGGGCUUUUGGCUAGCUGAAACUGAGCACUUGUUACUUGUCAGAUGCUACUUCUGUUUGUUAAUUUACUUGAACUGAUCAGAAAGUAGAUCACUUUUUGUAUUUGAAGAAGUUUAUUUUUUCAUCUUUGUUUCCUACAGAUGCCUUGUUCUUUUCUUGGGGUUCAAAGCUACAGGUCUUUUAAAAUGUAUUUAAACUUUGAAUUUGCUUAGGUAAUUAUACUUGAUGUUAUUUUUUUUUUAUUUUUCUAAAAGCCUAAAUCAAUUUUCUCAUGUGAGAAAACGGGUAUUUUGUGAUAUGGGCUAUCUCAGUACCUUUUCUUAAGAUACCAUGUUCCUCACCUGGAGUGAACAGAGUUCUUCCUGGCAUGACUUCCCAUCACACUGGGUGCUCCAACACAGCAUGUUUAGAACUGAAAGCAGGCUGUAUCUGGAAACAUGUGUCUGGGUGGUUUGUGUGUUUGGUUCCUGAAAUUUGCUUGCAGUUUCAGACUGAUGCUGUCUUAGGUUUUGAGCCAGGGAGCCAGGGAGGGCAACUAGGUGUUCAUCUGUUUUCUGAUUCACUUUUUUAUGGCUUGAGCUGGAAGGGAUCUUAAAGACCGUCCAGUUCCAACCCUCCUUCUGUGGGCAGGUACACCUCACUCUAUACCUCCCAGCCUGGCCUUGAAUGUCUCCUGAGAUGGGGCAUCCAUGGCAUCAAUUUUGUAUCUGUUCUGAGCAGUCUGUGCUGCAGUAAACUUUUCAAGAGACUAAACAGGGAUGAUUACUUUUUCAGUAGCACAAGGUAUUUAAAUAGUUCAAAUCUUUCUUAAAAAUGAAGCCUAGGACAAAACUACCCAGUUUGCCUGAAGAAAGCAAUAACAAAUGUAGGCAGGGUGAAGCAUUCUGAGGCUGCAGCUCAGUGCUGUUGCCCUCCAGGGGGCUUCAGGACACCAUCCCAGCACAGAUGAGGAGGCAAAGGCUGAGUCCAGCAGCACAAGAAAUGACGCGGUGCUGGGCAGGUGCACAGCACAAGAGUUUGUGUUCCUGAUUUUCUUCUUGAGCCUGGUAUUUUAUCCUAAAAUCCAUUUAUUUUUACAUGGUGGUUUAUGCAGAAGUACUGCCUUUCUUGAAUAAUUAUUUUCAAAUAGUGUUGCUUAGGUUAUUUGUGUUUUGUUUAUGUAAAUGUAACAGAAGAACAAGCAGUAGCAGAACCUGCUGCCCCCAGGCCUCCUUUCUGCCAGUAUCUGUAGGGGAGCAGCAAGUCUGCAAGGUUAAUAAAAAUCAAAGCAGUGCAAUCACACAGUUGUACAAUCACACGGUUGUGCAGUCGAGUAGCAGUGCAGCCUGCUUGGUAAUGUUUUAAGAUCCAAUAUUUUUGUCUUAAACUGGAUUUGGUUUCAAUACUAAAAAAGCACUGUGAUAAGGAAACAGGAUUGAGCCCAUUGUCAAUCCUCCCUUUGUUGUGUAUUAUGACAUGUUAGAUAUGCACAGCUUUGUUAAAUAUGCAUAUUUUUAAAAUUAAUGGAUAAUCACACAAAAUAUUUUGGCACUUAUUUUUCACAAUGGUGAAAUGCUAUGUUUUAUUGUUGGUGUAUGCUUUUUUUUUCUUGUUCUGUAAUGUUUACAUAGGAGUCUUGUGAAAACCCCAUGGGCUACGUUGGCAUUUUAUACACUUGUUUCUCCAAAUACGCUGGCAUAAAGCCAGCCACUGACCUUCUGUUUUACCAGCUUGGUAGAAGCGCUGCUCCAGCUUAGCAUGUGAAAACCUAACAAGUAUCUCAGGAAACAAAACAAUCCUAGCUUUUCUUGAUUUUUUUUUUUUUAAUUAUUGCUUUAGAUAGAUUCAAAAUAUAUGGAGUCAUGCAGAGCUUCCUUGAAGUCUGUCAUGAUCACUACAACCAGAUUGUGCUGGGUGGUUUGUAAAUCCAUCUCCAUACACAAAGGUUGGUGUAGACCGUGGAAAACAAGUUUAAUUAUGACUUUGCCUUGGUUGUUGCUGAAAUUGACAAAGCCAAACUCAAGCUUCACCAUACUUUAAGAAAAUGUGGUUUUCAAAUAAUAAUUGCUAACAAACAUUACAGAUUCUAGACCAAAAUAAGUUGUAGCUAAAAAGAAUGUAGUCUACAUGUGUUUUUUUUAGCAGUUUAUCUUUAAUUCUGCUGGUUUAAAAUACAUUUAAUUAUUUACUGAAGUUUCAAUGUGUAUAUAUUCUGUCUUCAGGUGAUAUAUUUGAAGAUUUUUGAUGGCAUACCUUAGUUUUCUUUCAUUUCUGAAUGAUACGCAUCUGUCACUGAAUUAAUCACAGUACAUGCACACUGGUAGCUUCUUCAUUGUACUUUUUGGUUUGCAACAUUUAAGGUUCAAUUCAAUGAGGAUGUAUUAAGUGGAUAGAAAAUAAGCUUUUUACAUUAACUAUGUGGCCACUGAUAUCUGCAAAAUAGGAUUCCAGGUGGAAAUGGGAAUGUUUCCCAUAUUUCCUGUACAUCCAAAGGAACUGUGGCUCUAUCAUGUAUGGUGGCCUUUCCUUUCUUAUCUCAAGAAGGCCCACGCAACCGCAAGAGAAAACAAGGGCAGGAAGUCAUGGCAGUGAGCCCAGUGGGCAUUCAGCACCUGGGCAGCAAGUCCAGGGCUGUUGAACCCAGCAGGAGUUGCUUUUGGCUAUACUGAGCUCCAGUAUAAAAUAAGACAGUCUCAUUCAAGAAACUGUUAACUUCAGGUAAAUUUGGGCAUUUUUGUUAUUCUCUUACUGUCUAAUUCUCCCAGGGGAAAAACAGACCUCCCAGACCAGUGGCGCUUGAAAGAAUGCUAGGCAGUAAUUUGACCACUGGCACAACUUGUUUUCUUCAAAUUUAAUGGUGGGUCCAGCGGGCUUGGUAAAUAUAUUUGCUAAAGCUGCAGAGUUUUACUGGUCCUCUUGAAUGCAGACACAGAAAAAUGAAAGUAUGAGGGGAACGGAAUAAAGCUGAGGUUACAGCAAAUGAGAUGAGAGUUACAUGCACUACAAAAGGAAGGCCCUUCCUUCUUUGCCUGUUGUCUGGGAGCAGAGGAGGUACAGGGACUGCACCAUAAGUGCAAAGGAAGCAGAAACUAUAUGGCUAUAUGAUAAUACUAGAAAUAGUGACAGUCGUCAUCUUCCCAAUGCAUCCAACAACCAGAUCAAACAAAUGCAUUGCCCAAUUACUUCAGCAAUCUUAAAACAUUUACAAAAAUGUGGCAUGUGUUUGUGUGUGGAGUGCUGUUCUGCUAUGCUGUCUCUGAAACUAUAGGACUCACUUUCUUGUUGGCUCUGUCUUGUAAGUAACCUUGAAGUCACACCUGCUGGCCAUCCCUUUAUGAAGGAAGUUCAUUUUGGCCCUUUGUAGACUCAGAUUGCUAUUGGCGUACUCAUGAAAGCCAGAUCUGGGGUAACCUCCACAGCCUUGCUGUCUUCCCUGUUUGUUGCUCCAAACUGUGCUCUGGAGAGAGACUUCAGCCUUCAUAAGGCAUUCAGAAAAGGGUUUUGGUACCAGUUCAUUCCAGGCUGCCCAAGCGCAGUCAUGGCUGUGACAGAAAACUUAAAAUGCAUACACACAUAUAAACUAUAAAUAUGUAUAUAUAUGUGUGUGUGUGAAAUAUAUAUAUGUAAUUUUUAUAUAUGUGAUAUAUAAAAAUAUAUGUAUAUAUAUAUAUAAUUUAUUUUUUUAUAUGCUAUACAUUAGUACAUAAGAACAUAGCGUAGCAUGCAGCAGCAGUUUCCCUAAUACUUAUUGGUAGCCUUGUAGGGAAAGCACUGCAGUCAACAUUUUAAGUGUUGUAUUGGAUUGUGAGGAAUUGGUGGUCGUUUUGCAGACAGUUGCUAAAUAUUUUCCCCAUGGUUCCUGCCCACAUUUGAGCCAAAUAACUGGGAAGCUAAAACACGUGUUUGUCACAGUGCAGUGCCACUUUGAGAAGUACAAGUGGCAGCAGAGAUCCUGAGGGGUGAAAGUGGCUUUCAGAGUCUUCCCUCCUAAAACAGCAUUGUGUCUUCAGAUGGUGAACCAGGAAGACAGGAGAACAAUAUUUCCGUGGGAUCUCAGCAAGAGAGAAUCCAUGAGCGUCUGCUCAGAACUGCCAGCACUGCCAAUGGCUUGUGGUACCUCUCAAUCUCUUUGCUUUGUGCCAUCAAAGUAUUUUUAUUUAAAUUACCACUACUUUUUUUUUUUUUUUCCCUGUAUCACCAUCAUUGAUGUGCCUUCAACUUCAUAAUUCUACAAUUAAAUCUUCAAUUGAACAUCCUGGUACUAAAAUCCACUUUCUGAUAUUUUUUGGUAAGCAAUCUGUCAUUUUUUGAAUGAACACAAUCCCUAGCUAUCCACUUACAUAACAUCUGCAUUGAAUUGACCCUCAGUGUUAAAUCUCUUUGAUUGUAAUAGUUCUGAUUUGUUUUUUUACAUAUGAAUGUUUUCUCUCCAUUGUGGAGUUCCAUGCAUUUUCAGGCUAUAUUUUUUAAAGCACUUCACAUUUCUAUUUAAAUGUUGGGGGGUUUGAUUCUUUUGAUUCAUUCUGUUUAUGCAUUACAUAUGGAAAAUAAUAUUUUCAUUCUUUCUGUUAUCAGGUGUUUUUUUUUUCUUUUUAACAGUUUUACACACUUUAUAAUCAAAAUAAAAGUUUGCUGGUGAAACUACAAUUUGUCGAUAACAGUGGUGUUUUAUUUGUUAUGUUACCUGCUUUUGGAGACCAUGACCUAAAUCAGUAAGAACCAACCUCAUUCUUUAUGCUAAGGAUGACAGAGCCCUGGAACACGUUGCCCAGAGAGGUUGUGGAGUCUCCUUCAAUGGAGAUGUUUGAGACCUGUCUAGGCACCUACCUCUGUGACCCACUGUAGGGUACCAGCACACGGGGAGUUGGACUCAGUGAUCUCCUGAGGUCCUUUCCAACCCCUAUUAUUCUGUGAUUUGGAAACCUUGUGGAACGUUGCUCUUUAUGAACAAGUUAAUCACUGGGUGUGCAAUUGAACGGAUUUGUUUCUUAAGACUGAAAUUCUUUGCAAUCAUCUGUUCUGAUGAAUCCUGUAGCACUGAAGUAGAAGAUGUUGGUUAUGUGAAAGUUUGGCCAAAAAGUCUCUGAUAGAUGUGCAAAUGUACUUUCUUUUAGUUACUAAUGUGAUCAGACACCUUUUUUCCCCUCAUGAUCCUAUUUAGGCACUUUCUGUCAACAGGUGAGUUGCAGGGAAGCAACUCAAAGCAGCAAGAGCAUCAGGUUUCUUUGGGGGAAGGUUUAUGCAUUCCUUUUUCAAUAAUUCCCUUUAGCAUACAUCAUAUUUUUUCUACCUAAAUGUUCUACUGUGUGGUACAGGCAGGGCUCAGCUGCUUGUGUUACUUCCUAUUUUCACAUGGCCUACGAGUCAGCAAUUUUGAAUAGAAGUAGACAACGAAGGGCUAGGAAAAAAACUCCCGAAGUAAGAGUGAUAAAAUUUGUAUUUUAAAAUUCGGGUGGCUAAUAGCAAAAUGAAAAAAAAUUGCCAUAGGAUUGUUUCAUUGUCAUCUUUAAGAAAGAACACGCUUCAGAGAAGGUAAGUCAAAAACACACUUUAAUUUAUACAGAGAGAAACAAAAUAUCCACAUUGCAUAUUUUUCUCUAAAAUUCAUUUUCUCUAAAAAAGGCAACUCAGGUGGUCUUCUAGCUGUUCUGUUUAUUGGUAUUGAAGUAAACAUACAUACCAAAGCAUACAGGGAAUUAAGACAUUAUUUAUUUGGGUUUUUGUACAACCACAGAAGUGACUUCAAAAUAUGUAACCUUGGCUACCAAACUAGUACAGUUCUGGGACAUUUCCCUGACAGGGGCUUCCUGCCUUUUUUCUUUUUAAUUUCACAUAGAAGGAGUCAAGCUGGAAUAGACUUCAUCUGAAAUUCAGAAUGCAACACAAACUGAAGUGGAAAAUGAGGAGGUUAUUCCAUGUGGCUUAUUCACAAGAACCCAGUGAUCGUACAUUUACAGAUUUACAGCAUAAAAGCUGGCAGCAGUGGCAGCUUUCUGUGAGAACAGUCUCCCAUUGCAUUUCUACCAUGGACCCAAAGAGCUAAGGGAGGCUUAUAGCAUAUCCUGUACAGCACAUACAUGCAAUGAAGUGAUGUAAUCUGCUCAAGGGAGCUCUAGAUUUUAUUUUACAAGCACAAAAAAAAAAAAAAAA